AUGUCGGAACACACAGUGACCAAGGUUCUACUGGAAUGGAUCAACAGCUUCUCCCUGGGCAGGACCCUCCGAGCCACGGAUGAAUUGACCGAUGGCAUCAUCCUGUGGGAAAUCCUGCAGGACAUCGAUCCUCAGUAUUUCCUCGAUGAGAUCCCCGAACGCACCCCCGCCGACCACUGGGUGGCCAAGUGGCAGAAUCUCAAGCACAUCCACAAGUUGCUGCUCAGCUACAUCCGCCACCAGAACGAUGAUACCCUGCCCUCCGGACUCGAUCCGUCGCCCGAUCUCGAAGCCGUCGCCGAGAAAGCUGCCCCGAAGGAGACCAACAAGUUGUUGAAACUGCUCCUGAUCGCAGCGAUCAGCUCGCCCAACGCCGGAACCUACGUGCAGACGCUUCAGGAGCUCAGCACCUCCACCCAGGAGGGCCUCAAGGAUAUCAUCGAGGAGGCCCAUAAUGGCCAGCACGAGCCCCUGGACUCGGCCGACGAGCUGAAAGAGGAACUGGCCAAAGCAGACCGCCCGGACUUGGAACUGCAGUUUGAGGAACGCGUCGGCAAGGUGAUUGCGGAGAAUGAUCGCCUCACACACGAGAAGAAGGAGCUGGAGAAGGCGUUGGAGGACCUGCACAAUCGUCUGGCGCGUCUGCAGGAAAACAACGACACCCUGCAGAACCGCCUCGCGUCGACCGAGGAUCGGCUGGUGACACUCAAGUCCGGAAAGGGCGAGGGGUUCAAUGCAAAGGCGCUGGAGAGCAAAACUCGCCAACAGGAUGACCUGAUCGCGUCCCAGGAAGCGAAACUGUCUGCUGCCAAUGAUGAACUCGACAGUCUCCGGAUGACCGUCGAAUCCUUGCGCGUCAAGAAUCAACGCUACCAAAAGCUGCAAGAUGACUACGACGAGCUCCGCACCGAGCGAGAUCAGCUCGCGCGCAAGGCCAACGCGGCUGAGAAAUACCGCCAGAAGCUUCAGGCGAGCCAGGACUUCGAGAAGGAGAACCAGACCCUCAAGAACCAGAUCAAAGAUUUUCAGCAGCAGCUAAAGGAAUUGGACUCGUCACAACGAUGGUCGUCGGAGCGUAAUGUGGAGCUCGAAGAGUAUCGAAAGCUUCUGCCGCAACUGGAGCAGGACACCAACGAGAUCCAGCACCAGAAGAAACAGCUCGAGUUCAACAACCACGCUCUUACGGAACGGCUUCAGAGUGCUGCUGAAGAGAAUGAACGGAAUGACGCUCUGAUCAGCGAGCUCCGCGAGCGUCUGCGGGAGCUCGAGGGCUCAAGCAGUCCGUCUCCCGGGUCUGGGACGCCGAAGAAGCACACAUUGCAUAAUGAUUUCGAGGCCCUCGGUGUCAAAGAAUCCCAACUCAAAUCCGAAAAUGAAGAACUGAGACGCGAAAUGGAGUCCUUGAAGGCCCCGUCAACCACUGCAGAGCCGACGCCUCAAUUCGAUGGCUUCUCCGAGAGCUUCAACGCGUCCGUGCACCUUGCGCGUGAAAAUUCCGCUCAAGGCGAGGAGUAUUGGAAACUUUACGAGACCUAUACCGGAUCCCUCAAGAAGAUUGCAGAAUUGCAGGACCUCCUGGACAAAGCCAAAACGGACCUUUCCAAUGCACAAGCUGAGAGUAAGUUACCCUACAUCCAAGACCUGGCCGGGUCGCUUACAAUUAUCGAAGUUCGCAUUGUCAACGUCGAGAAAGUUGAUAUGCUCCAUGAGCUCGAAGAACACAAUUCAGCCGAGCUAACCAAGCUCCGUGGCGACUGGGAAGCUCUCACGCAGAACAUUCACAAUCUGGAGGGCGAAGUGGAUGCCAGCCAGACUCUUGUCCGCGAAAUGGCCGCAGAACGGGAAGAGUUGCGCAAGAUGCUUGACAACAAGCAAACCGAGAUCAGCUCCGAGGAUCAGGAGGUGAUGAAUGAAAUGCAGAUGCUGCUGGGCGAAUUCGAGACCCACAACAAUGAGGGUGAAACGCCUCAGAAAUCGAGUUUCGAGCUUCUCAAGCAGUGCGCCGGAGUCCUGGAGAAGAAUAUUGAGCGGCUCGCCCAACGCGCAGAGUAUAUUCAACAGCAAAAUGAACUCAUCAAGUCACUUCACGAGCGUAUGAAGAAUUACGAGGAGAACCUGGACGACGGCAUCUCCAAAGAGCGCGAGCUUGAGCUCCAGAAGAUCAUCGACGACCAGGCCCGAGAACUCAGCCUCGUGGGCUCGGCCUGGUAUCAUCUACAAAGCCGGUGGCAGAGCAACAACAACACGGUGUCUCGCUACCGACACGGGGCCUCGAUGGCGGAGGCGCAGAAGGGCUGGCUGGCCAAGCAGCGAACUGCAGUUGCCGGCCAGUAG